CGGGAUACUGGAUCGGUUCGUCAGAGAAAGACGGAGAGGAGAAACGCGCAGGACGCAUUCAUUUAAUCAUCACCGCCAUCGCAAGGCUGCCAGGAGCUCGGCUGCUCUCCCGAGUCCCUCUCAUCAACUGAUUCAUCCCCGAUCCAUCACACGGCGCCAGUUCCAACGAAUGGGAGCUGAUAUGGGAGCUAUGGGCGGGACGAAGGUCUUGUUCCUGUUGUUUCUGGUUGGAUGGGAGAAGACCCUGGGUCUCAACUGGAACCCAAUCCCACGCAAGACUGUUCGAUACCAGGAUGUUUUGGACAGCAUGGCCAGGUUCAGCAUCCAGGGAGUGUUCAACUACAGCAUGCUGACUCUGUCAGACCACGAGAGGGUCUUGUACGUCGGAGCGCGGGAGGCGUUGUUCGCCCUGGACCCCAACGACAUCAGCAAACAGCUCCGGCCUCAGAUCGACUGGCCGGCUCCGCAGGACAAGAAGAAGGAGUGUGUUGCCAAGGGGAAGAACAACCAGACCGAGUGCUUCAACUACAUCCGUUUCCUGCAGAGCUACAACCACACGCAUCUCUACACCUGCGGCACCUACGCCUUCCAGCCCAAAUGCACCUACGUGAACGCCGACUAUUUUACCGUCAACACUGCAGCCCUGGAGGAUGGGAAGGGUAAAUGCCCAUAUGACCCUGCCAAGGGUCAUACUGGUCUGAUAGUGGAUAAGGAGCUGUACUCGGCAACGCUCAACAACUUCCUGGGUACAGAGCCGGUCAUUUUGAGGAACCUGGGCCAACAGCACUACAGCAUGAAGAGUGAAUACCUGCCUGCCUGGCUCAAUGAGCCGGACUUUGUGGGUUCAGCCCUGGUGAGGGAGAGCAGCGGCAGUAAAGAAGGGGACGACGACAAGAUCUACUUCUUCUUCAGUGAGCGAGCGUUGGAGCUGGACUGUGACACCGAGCUCACUGUGGCCAGAGUGGCCCGAGUCUGCAAGGGGGAUCUGGGUGGUACCAGAACCCUGCAGAAGAAGUGGACCACCUUCCAGAAAGCCCGGCUGGAGUGCUCCCUCCCCGAGCGCCACGUGUCCUUCAACAACCUGAGGGCUGUCUUCACCCUGCCAGGCCAGGACUGGAGGGGGACCACCUUCUACGGCAUCUUCCACGCGCAGUGGGGCGACGUGGACGUGUCGGCCGUUUGCCAGUACCAGAUCAGUGAUGUGAAGAAGGUGUUUGAAGGAUCCUACAAGGAGUACAGGGAGGCGUCUCAAAGGUGGGGGCGCUACACCGGUGCUGUCCCUGUUCCACGACCUGGAUCGUGUAUAACCAACUCAGACAGGGAGACCGGCUACAACAGCUCUCUGCAGCUGCCUGACGCCACGCUCAACUUUGCCAAGAAGCACCCGCUGACGGAGGACAAAGCUCUGGCUCGCCCCCUGCUGCUCGCCAAGGGUGUCAACUUCACAAGGCUGGCGGUGGACCGGGUUAGCGCCCUGGACCAGCGGGCCUACAACAUGCUGUUCAUCGGCACAGCGGAGGGCUGGCUGCAAAGGGUGGUGAUCCUGGGCUCCGAGGCCCACGUGAUCGAGGAGAUCCAGCUGUUUGAGACAGCGCAGCCAGUGGACAGCCUGACCAUCUCCCACUCCAAGAAGUACUUGUACAUCGGCUCUCGUUCGGAGGUUCUCCAGCUGCCCUUGGCCAACUGCAGCCGUUAUCAGUCUCAGCCAGACUGUCUGCUCGCCCGGGACCCCUACUGCGCUUGGGACAGCGAGGGUCGGGCCUGCGUCCGUAUCGACCUCCACCGCGGCUCCACUUCCUCCCUGUCACAGGACCUAAUGUUGGAAAGGUUCAGCCGGGGAAAAGCCAAGUUUGAUAAGCCCGUCUCCAUCCCCAGCCCUGAGCACUCCCGUCUGAGGAACGUUACAGUGGUAGUGGGGUCAGACAUGGUGCUGCCUUGCCAGCUGGUCUCCAACCUGGCUCAGCCCUGCUGGGUCCUCAACGAACGUGAGCUCCAGCUGAGUGACCCCGAGGCUGGAGGGCCACGCUUCGACCGGACUCUCAAAGCCCUCGUCGUCCCCGAAGCGGGCCAGAUGCAAGCGGGCCGCUAUAUCUGCUACUCUGAGGAGCAGGGGGUCAAGUUUCAAACAGAGCGCUACCAGGUGGCCGUAGUAGCCAGCGCUCCGGUCUUCAUGGAGGCUCGUGCUCCAGACAGCAGCAUGGGGCUCUUCUGGGUGCUGGUCAUCACCCUCGGAGCGGCGUGCCUGCUGCUCCUCGUCGCAGCUCUUUACUUGCGCAGGAGGCUGAAGCUGGCGCUGGGAAAGGGAGCUGACAUGAAGCCUCUCGAAAGCACUCUGGUCUACCCCAUCACCCUGCCCAAGGAGCCACCCACCUUUGUGCCCAGCAAGAUGCCCACCGACGAGGACCGCUUCUGGGAGACCGGCGCCAACUACUACUACUCAGACGGCUCGCUGAAGAUCGUUCCCGGUCACGCCCUGGGGCCCAGCAGCGUCAGCAGCACGGCGUCACCCAGCACCAUUCCCGGCCAGCCCAUCCACUCCCCCAGCCGUCUCAGCCUCACCAACAUUCGAGGCUCGGGUAGCAAUGGCUACGUCCGCCUCAACCUGAGCACAGCAGGGGAGGAGAGGGCUAGCGGGGCUGGCGCUGGGGGCGGCGGGCUGGGAGGCCUGGGCAUGAGCGGGAACGACUACUCCAGCCCCUUCAAGGAAGAGCUGAGACGCACUCUGCAGCAGAGGAGCGUGCUGCCCGACGCCAACCCCGAGGAGUCGUCCGUCUAGGCCCGUCCUCCUCCGUCUCCAUUCCCUGAGUUGGAAAAUCAAAACAACCAACCUACCUCCCUCCUUUUGAGGAUGCCUGCUCUCUCUCUCUCUCUCAUUCAGUGACACGCUGUCAAUUCCCCAUGCUCUCUCUCUCGCUCUGCCAAUGCCUGUUUGGCUCACUGUUGACAUUUAUAGCACACAGCAUGUUAAAUAUAAACACUCAUACACUGUGUUCGCCAACGUGCACUCCUAUAAUUAUUAUGUUCUGGGCAACAUGCAGUCUUGGUUGUGGCUUUUUCUGCUUCCACUGUGCAAACGCCACUUGUGUAAAUUUUGUAUUUAAUAAGGCUGAACGCAGAGGAGAACACCUCAAGCAUUGAAAUCAAACAAAUGGCGUUACAUUUUUUUCUGAAGGGCACAUUUUAUUUUCUGUUGAGUGGACCAAGAGGGGUUUAGCCCCAGUUGACGAAUGGCAAGUACAACUGGAAAUAUUGAACUGAUGCUCUCUGUCCUUCUGUUCCUUUAAGACUUUUUCAGCUUACUGCACUUAAAAAACUGGAAGCGCGUCUUCCCUUUUUGUAUUUGUGAGCCAAGAGUGCGAGAGCGGUAUAAAAAGACUAAUUAAUCUCGAAGCAAGACGACAAUCAUGUCCCCGUAGCAGGAGCUCUGCGAGGGACCGAGAGGAGACGAGAGAGAGCAAGAGACAAAGAGAGAGGAAAUGAAAUGGAAAAUGAAGUGAAUUGGAGUGAAAGAUGCAAGGGGGGUUUUGAAUGAAGGACAUUCUCUCAAGACUUUCUCUGCUCAAUUUGAACCCCACCUCCCCACAUGUUGUAUUUAGCCCCGGAGAAAGUCCUUGAUCCCUUCCACUUACAUUUGUUGUGAUGGUUGUUUUGACUUAAGACAUUUCUUGUUGUUCUUUUUCCAAGUCUUACCGACGACAGCAGUGUUCAAACGGUUAUCAAGUGACUAAUGGCUCCACUCUGUGAGUGACGAUGUGAGGGCUUACGUUGCUCGCUCAGGCCUCCACGGUGACCUUCAAACGCACCUUCAAGUCCAACAUACUACGAGUGCACUCCGAACGACAUUCAUCAGAGUCAAAGUGUGUAACAGAUAUGCGUUUUGGCUGGGCCCUUUUGGACGUCUGUUCAUCACUUUAGUAAGAAACGACUAUUUUGCAUUCAGCUCUUAGCAGCGGAACAAUAACUGCACACUUAAUUCCAAAUUGAAGCUGACAUGAAGACAUUAGGCAAGGAGAAUGUAGUUGAACCGUCACUGUUGCGACCGCUGUGGAUGUCUCAAUAAGUGCUUUAUAUUGUACGUGUAUGGUGAGUGUGUUAACUUGCACUGCCAAGAAGGAAGCAACCCCUCCUACACACACCGACACACUCGCAGUCCUCUGAAUGAAAACCAUCCUGGAUGACAGUGUGUCUGUGACGCACCAACCCAUGAACCCCCCUCCCCUCCCCUCCCCUCCCCUCUUACCGAUGCCCAGAGACUGACCCGGGGCUACUGUGGACUUAUACAGAGGAAGAGCACUGUAAAACACACACACACACACACACACACAAACAGACACACAGUGUUGAUGGACGAAUGGACCGACAGACUGAUUGCUGCCAUGCAGACAAACUGCUGGCUCCAGGCGGGAGACGGCCGUGAACAAGUGAAGAGGGGUGGCUUUUGUGUUUGUCACGUGUCUGCUGGGACCAGAGGAGCACAGCAAGAAGGAAGGGGAAGACAGAAAUACCUUGUUUCGGCCCCACUGUGUACAGAGCUCUGAGAGAGAUGUAGAAUAUCAGAAAUGAUCCCAAGGUUGAAGAGUUCCCCAGCCAUCAGCACUCCAUUUUAACGUCGCAUGAUCCUCUGCAAGUGGACUGCACAUCUUUGAUAUGAUCAUCCUUGUACAAGUGCAUCAUUUUGAUCGGCCAUUUUUUGACUUUUACAGACACUAAUAUUGUGGAAGAAUAAUGCUCUCUUUGAAGAAGAAAACAUGUAUAUGUCUGAUUUUAUGGUUCAAGGGUUGUACAGGAAUUCAUGGCUGUAUUUUAACCUGUUUACUUUGUCUGUGCCUCUUCGCGUUUUGGAUAAGCCAAAGUAGACUGCAGUUGCUUUUGUUCUUGUUGAAAUACUUUAAUUAAUUUUAUUUGAUUCCAGAUCGAUAUUUAAGUCUCAGCAGUCCGUCCACUUUGCUACACUGAGCUGAUGUCUGAAACUUCUCUGCAUAUUGUCGCUGCAGCUAACUUUUUCCUCAUGCAAAAUGUCUUGAGGCUGAUGGACUUCCUGUUUUCUUCCUGUUUAUGUCAGUAGUGAUCUGCUGGACCCAAUUCUUUAUCUCCUCACUUUAUGAGAGGCUGAGUAAUGUACCAAAACUUUAACCAUUAUUUAAUUUGUCAGCUCCUAAAAACCAAAUAUGUAUCUGUUGUUCAAAGCAGAUCAGAUAGAAUGUGCCGACUUUAUAUUAUUACAUCCCCUUCAGCAUUUAGCUAAAACAUGUUAGCUCUUUACACUGGUACUCGGUUAUGUCCUAUAAAAUAUGUCCCUUUUACAAUUAGGCAUUUUAUUUUACAUAACAUGUUGCAAAGAAAUAAAAGAUAAAGGAAUACAGGUCUCGAGCUUGAAAAAAAAAAAAGCAUGUUUAAUGUACUUGAUGUGCAUUUCUUCAGUUCUUACACAUUGUUUGCUCAUAAUAUUUUCUCUCACACAUGGCUUUAAGUUCUACCGGUUCUCACAUUAUUACUUGUAUUAUUCUAUUAUCAACCUGAUUUUAUUUUGCCCCAUUUUUGCUUGUCGGUUAUUGAUCUUUUAUGUUUGUUUUUAAAAUAUGUUAAGUAACUUAUUUCACUUGUACA